ACAAAGACUUGUUUGGACCCAUCCAUUCGUGAAGUGUCAAUCCUUUGGGAGAAGAAUGGCCACUAGAUAUUGGUGGUUGCUGUAGCUCUUAGCGUUAAGAGCUCUACUGGAAUUCUAUUUAUCAUGAACUUCUGACACAAGCAAGCUUUCUCGUGUGGAAGUUCUAUGCAAGAUGAUAGUUGAUGGUGUGGGAAUGUUUAUUCUUCAUAAGUAGAUUUGGCUAUUAAUUAAACAUAUAAGUACAAGUUCUUCAAACUGUUCUGGGGAUGUUUAUGAUUGGAUAUUGUAAAAACAAGGAUUAUCUUCUUAAGCUCUCUUGGGAAUUACAGGUUCUGGGUUGCUGUUGCUGCAUUUCCAGGGCUGUGUAAUGGUGUGAGUAAUCAAAUAUGAGGUGGGGACGAAGAGGGUGGUUGGAUGUUUUGGAGCUGGGUUUUCUUUAUAUAUGAGCGGAAACAUAAGCUUUUUGGAUUUGCAAUAGCUUCAUGAUAAGAUUAGGCCUCUUGGUUGCUGCUUCAAUUGCAGCCUUUGCAGCGAGGCAGCUCAAUGUCAAAAAGCCGAAUUCAUCAGCCUCGACCACUAGACCUUCAGAAAAUGGCGAAACAAACUCUAAACAUCAGAGUGAGAAGGAAGACGAAGAGCAACUUGCAUAUUCUAAUGAUAGCCUCAAAGAGAAGGAUGGAGAAGCAGAAGAAGAGGAGGAGGAGGAUGAAGAAGAGGUUAAAUUAAUCAGCAGUGUAUUUGACCGAGCUCGUGAUAUUCAACCUGGUGGUGAUAUUGAUGAUGAAGAUAUAUUACCAGAAUUUGAAGAUCUUUUAUCUGGGGAGAUUGACUACCCGAUACUUGUUAACAAGGAUAGUAAUGAGAAAGAUGUAUAUGAAACUGAAAUGGCAAAUAAUGCAAGUGAGCUGGAACGGCUGCGCAAUUUGGUAAAGGAAUUAGAGGAAAGAGAAGUGAAACUUGAAGGUGAAUUACUCGAGUACUAUGGAUUGAAGGAACAGGAAUCAGAUAUCACUGAAAUACAAAGGCAGCUCAAGAUAAAAACAGUGGAGAUUGGCAUGCUCAAUAUUACUAUCAACUCUCUGCAGGUUGAGAGGAAGAAGCUUCAAGAAGAAGUUGCUCAGGGAGCUACCACCAAGAAGGAGCUGGAGGCAGCAAGGAAUAAAAUUAAGGAGUUGCAGAGGCAGAUUCAGCUUGAUGCUAACCAGACAAAAGGCCAGUUACUGUUGCUCAAACAACAAGUUUCCGGUUUACAGGAAAAAGAGGAAGAGGCAGUCAAGAAAGAUUCUGAAAUUGAAAAGAAGCUGAAAGCUGUGAAAGACUUAGAGGUGGAAGUCAUGGAGCUUAAGAGAAAGAACAAGGAACUUCAAAUCGAAAAGAGAGAACUGUCUAUUAAAUUGAAUGCUGCUGAAUCAAGAGUAGUGGCGCUCUCUAAUAUGACAGAGACUGAAAUGGUUGCCAAUGUAAGAGGCGAGGUCAAUAAUCUAAAGCAUGCAAAUGAAGACCUGUUAAAGCAAGUGGAAGGUCUUCAGAUGAACAGGUUCAGUGAAGUUGAAGAGCUAGUGUACCUUCGUUGGCUAAACGCAUGCUUGAGGUAUGAGCUCCGGAACUAUCAGACACCUCAAGGAAAGAUAUCAGCUCGUGAUCUCAACAAGAAUCUGAGUCCAAAGUCACAGGAGAAGGCCAAACAACUGAUGUUGGAGUAUGCAGGAUCAGAGCGCGGGCAGGGGGAUACAGAUAUGGAAAGCAACUAUUCUCAACCAUCUUCGCCUGGAAGUGAGGAUUUUGAUAAUGCUUCUAUUGAUAGUUCCACCAGUCGAUACAGUAGUCUCAGUAAAAGACCUAGCUUAAUCCAAAAGCUUAAAAAAUGGGGGAAAAGCAAAGAUGAUUCAAGUUCUCUUUCAUCUCCAGCGAGAUCAUUAUCCGGAAGCUCUCCGGGCAGGGCAAGUAUGAGUGUUCGACCAAGGGGACCACUGGAAGCACUAAUGCUAAGGAAUGCAAGCGAUGGUGUAGCAAUCACUACAUUUGGGAAGAUGGACCAGGAACUUCCUGACUCUCCUCAAACACCCACUCUUCCAAACAUUAGAACACAAAUGCCUUCUAGCGACUCACCUAAUUCUGUUGCAUCAUCUUUCCAUGUGAUGUCUAAAUCUGUUGAAGGAGUUCUAGAUGAGAAAUAUCCUGCGUAUAAGGAUCGUCAUAAGUUGGCCUUAGAGAGGGAAAAGCAAAUUAAGGAAAGGGCUGAGCAGGCAAGAGCAGAGAAGUUUGGUGAUAAAUCAAAUGUAAGUUUCAGCUAUGAGCCUAGAACAAAAGCUGACAAGGAUAGAAUAGUUAGUUUGCCACCCAAACUUACCCUUAUAAAGGAGAAGGCAGUUAUUUCGGGUGAUUCAAGCAACCAAGCGGAUGGUGGUAAGGCUUUUGAUCCUCAAGAAAUAAGCAAGAUGAAACUUGCUCAAAUUGAGAAGAGACCUCCUAGGGUGCCUCGGCCACCUCCUAAAUCUGGAGGUGCCCCUGUUGGUACAACUCCCACUCCCUCGAGUGGGAUACCACUACCACCUCCUCCACCAGGUGGCCCACCGCCACCUCCUCCACCACCUGGUGGACCACCUCGUCCACCUCCUCCACCAGGAAGCUUGCCAAGGGGCGCAGGAGGUGGUGAUAAAGUGCACCGUGCUCCUGAGCUGGUUGAGUUCUAUCAGUCGCUGAUGAAACGUGAGGCAAAGAAGGAUACAUCAUCUUUAAUAUCUACAUCAUCGAAUGUAUCUAGUGCAAGGAGCAACAUGAUUGGGGAGAUUGAGAACAAAUCAUCUUUCCUUUUAGCUGUGAAAGCUGAUGUUGAAGCUCAAGGUGACUUUGUCAUGUCAUUGGCAACUGAAGUUCGUGCAGCUUCCUUCACAAACAUUGACGAUUUGGUAGCCUUUGUGAACUGGCUAGAUGAAGAGCUCUCCUUCUUGGUUGAUGAAAGGGCCGUCCUCAAGCACUUUGAUUGGCCUGAAGGGAAAGUGGAUGCUUUAAGAGAAGCCGCUUUUGAAUACCAAGACUUGAUGAAGUUGGAGCAGAAAGUCUCCACUUUUGUUGAUGAUCCCAAACUCUCAUGUGAAGCUGCUCUAAAGAAGAUGUAUUCAUUGCUCGAAAAGGUCGAACAGAGUGUAUAUGCUCUGUUGCGUACAAGGGACAUGGCUAUUUCACGAUGCAAGGAGUUUGGAAUUCCAGUUGAUUGGUUAUUAGAUUCUGGAGUUGUUGGCAAGAUCAAGCUCUCAUCUGUACAGUUGGCAAGAAAGUAUAUGAAACGCGUAGCUUCAGAACUUGAUGCAAUGAGUGGACCUGAGAAGGAACCAAACAGAGAAUUUAUACUUCUGCAAGGCGUGCGUUUUGCCUUCCGUGUUCAUCAGUUUGCUGGAGGCUUUGAUGCAGAGAGCAUGAAGGCAUUCGAAGAGCUUAGGGGCCGUGUCAGUGGACAAAGAGAAGAAGAAAAUGGGCCAGAAACGUAAUUUGAGUCUUACAUUUUUUCCUCCACCUUCGGCUCUUGGUUUUUCUGUUGUAUAUUUCCAUCUUUACUGACUCAUGCUGCAGAGUCGUUCAUAUUGAACAUGUAAUACAAUUACAAGUCCAUUGAGGCCAAAAGUAAAUUAUGCAAAGUUACUCA